GCACACAAUAAAUCUUGCUACACAGGCUGGCCUCGGUGUUGCGCGUGUCGCUCAUUUACUCGGGCGGGUGAGACGUGUAACUGCUUUUUUUCACCGGAGUUCGACAGCUGCCGCGGUACUGACGUCUAAGCAGAAGCUGCUACAACUGCCACCGCACAAAUUAAUAAUGGACGUCACCACGCGAUGGAAUUCAUCAUUGGAUAUGCUGGUUCGUUACCUGGAGCAGCAGGCUGCUAUAGCAGCAGCGCUCACCAGCCCAGAAAUAAGACAAAAUGCCCGAAACAUUGACACACUGGAUAUCUUCGACAUUUAUAUUUCAGGCAGAUACAGUGGGGAUGUAUACAACUACCUGCUGGAGAGCACUGCGCUGGACCCAAGAUUCCAGUCUCUACCGCAGAUAGAUUGCAACCAGCGUGAGGCAGUCUUUCAAAGGAUACAGAAAAGGGUGCAACAGUUGCAGAAAAACCAGCCCACAGAUGAGAAGAGUAUGGAGCGCAAGGAAGAGGCAUCAGCUCAUUGUUCCACACAUGGGGGCGAGGGGGCUCUUGAAGCUGAAGGUGGAGCUGAGUCAGAAGAGGAACCUGCUUCCAAGAAGACAGCACUUGAGGAUCUGCUAGGGGACUCUUUCUCAAAGACAGAACAGCCCAGCAAAGGAAUUGAGAGGGAAACUGAACUUUACAGAAGAGAGGCAUCUAUCCCACUUAGUUGCUGCCCUCUGACAUGGUGGAGAGAAAACAGCUCCAAAUAUCCUUUGCUGUCUCCACUUGUCAAAGAAUAUCUUUCCAUUCCUGCAACCUCUGUUCCAAGUGAGCGUGUCUUUUCAACUGCAGGAGACAUAGUCACUGCCCAGAGGUCACAAUUGCUGCCAGAAAAUGUAGACAUGCUUAUAUUCUUAAAAAAGAACAUGACCAUAUCUUAGGCUGUUCUGUAUAGGUCAUUACAUCAUUACCUAGGUCUUAGCUCUUUUUCCAUGCUUAAGAAAAUUUACUUCAUUGUUUUGCACUCUGAGUUUUAAGACAGCACUACUUUGAUAGUUACACUAAUUAUGGUUAAUUGCACGUAAAGGGAUAUUUGUGUUGUUUAUUAUUUAUUUUUAUUUAUACUAUUUAAUUUUAUUAUGUAAUUAAUUGCCUGUCAGUUUUGUGGCAAAAUAUUUUGCAGUGUUUACAUGUUAUUACUGCAUAUCAUUCAUCAAAAUAGAAGUUUUAUUUCAUAAAGUUGAUUUCAAAAUGGACAUGCAUUUUUUGCAUUUUGUGUUUUUCAGUUAAAUAAAAGGCUA